CCUGAAAAAAUUCAAUUCAGAAUGCCUUUUGUAAACUAACACUCACACUUGACUUUUUUUUCACACUUUACUAGCUCUGACUAGAAAAUGUACUUACUAUGACUGUGAUGUGGUUUCCCACCAUCUUUUAAGAUGAAUGCACAAACCGUAAGUAGCUCUGCAUAAGAGCAUCUGCUAGAUGACUAACAUGUAAAAUGUAAAUAUAUAUUUAUAUUCCGGUCUCUGAUAUUGCUCUUCUGAUCUGUCUUAAUUUCUUUCUUUUUUAAAUGUUGGAUUAUGUGUGUAUUGUUAAUGUAUUGUUAGUUAUUACUGCACCAUUGGAGCUAGAAACAUAAGCAUUUGAUGCACCUAUGUUAACAUCUUCAAAUAUGUGUAUGCAACCAAUAAACUUUGAUUUGAUUUAAUGCAACACACUUUGAAAGGCGGGGGUCUCUGACUUGACAAAAGUGAUCCACUUGAAUACGCCCAUCGCCUACAAACGUGAACGUGGGUUUAAUAUAUUCAUACUAAACCAUACAUGUUCUUGGUUCACACAGAUUUGCAAACGCCACGUACAUUUAGCUUCAUAGCACCUUGACCAACAAGUUUGAGGAACAGUUUGACUGACACAUCUUCUGCCCAACUGGCUGCCAAUGCGACUAUUUCACAAAGCGACGAGAUAUAUGUCUACCCAAUGAGGAUAGUUGAGGCCACGUGGGGGCGUUACCAUGGCAAUUAGCCGGUAGGUUGAUCUUACUACUAGGAAGGGUUGUCACUAGUUACCCCAGCCAUAAAGUCAAAAUUGGCAUCGUAAAAAAAUGUUUUGUUGCCUUUUGGUCUUAAUUUAAGGUUAUGGUUAGACAUAAGGUUAGCAGUGUGGUUAAGGUUAGGGUCCUGGAUAGCUUUAAAUUCAGAUAUUACGAAGAAGGAUUAUAUAUAUUUUUUUAAAUAGGCGGGGUUUAGCACAAUUAUGACUUUGUGGCUGUGAUAACUAGUGAUGACCACUAGGGUUAGGAAGAGACUCUGGCCGGUGUAAAGUGCAUGACAGCUGUUAACAGACUCCAGUCUUUUUAACGUUUGGAUAAAUUAACGUUUCAAAGGCGCAACGGGACAGACAAUUACUUGAAGGGGCAGCUGUCAAAAUGUUGUGGAGUAAAGCCUUCUGCCGCUACCCUGUGUUCGUCCUGAGCCUGUGGUUCUGUCUGGAAGCAGUGCCCAUCGCUGUGGACAAGACUAAAGUGGAAACCCCAGAGCAGAAACUAGAGGCGCCACAGAGUGUGGACACAGGGCUUCACUAUGACCGCUACCUCAGGGAAGUCAUUGAUUUCCUGGAGAAGGACCAGCAUUUCAGAGAGAAGCUCCACAACACAGACAUGGAGGACAUUAAGCAAGGCAAGCUGGCCAAAGAGCUGGACUUUGUCGGCCAUCACGUGAGGACCAAACUUGACGAGUUGAAGAGGCAGGAGGUGAACAGGCUACGGACACUCAUCAAAGCUAAACAAGACGUUGAGGGAGGGCAUGAAAUGAACCACAAGGCCCUGCUCAUGCAGUUUGAGUACAUGAACCACAUGAACCCACACACCUUUGAAGUGGAGGACCUGGAUAAGCUUAUUAAAUCGGCUACCAGUGACCUGGAAAACUAUGACAAGGAUCGUCACGAGGAGUUUAAGAGGUACGAGAUGAUGAAGGAGCACAAGAGGAAGGAGCACCUGAUGAACCUCGACGAGGAGCAACGCAAGGACGAGGAACAGCACUACGAAGAGCUGAGGAAGAAACACGCAAACCAUCCCAAAAUCAACCACCCUGGCAGUCAGGACCAGCUGAAAGAGGUCUGGAAGGAGUCUGACGGUUUGGACCCAGAUGACUUUGACCCCAAGACCUUCUUCAAGCUCCAUGACACCAACGGAGAUGGCUACAUUGAUCAACAGGAGCUUGAAGCCCUGUUCACUAAAGAGCUAGAGAAGAUGUACAGCCCUAAUCUUGAAGAGGAUGACAUGACAGAGAUGGAGGAGGAGAGACUGCGCAUGAGGGAACACGUCAUGAAUGAGGUGGACACCAACAAGGAUAGACUGGUCUCCCUGGAUGAGUUCCUGAUGUCCACAAACAAGAAAGAGUUCCAAGAGCCAGACAGCUGGGAAACUCUGGAGCAGGCCCCAGCCUACACGGACGAGGAGAUGAAGUUGUUUGAGGAGCAGCUGGCCCAGGAGGAGAGCAACCUCAACCAGAAGAACGUGGAGCUGCAGAAACAGAAAGAGGAGCUGGAACGGCAGCAGGAGCAACUCAACGCCCAGAAAGCUGAGCUGCAGCAGGCGGUGGAACAAAUGCAGAUAAUAAAAUUUGAAAAAGCUAAUGCGGCCAUUGAGGUCAAAGAUGGAGCUACAGUAGCAGUGCCCCCUGGAGGUCAAGCAUUGCCAGUACUACCAGGAGACAGCCAACCUCUACCCCCUAGUCACCAGCAAGACUUACCUGCACACUCUUAGCAGGCCCGGCAAACUUUUUCUGUGUGUGUUUGUACAUGUGUGUGUGCGCUCAUGUGUGUUUUCGUGUGCAUCUGUGUGUAAAUUAAUCUUGCAACGAAUCCGUUUGAGUUAGUUUUAAUGUGUUGUCGGCGCUCUACGGUCCCACAAUAUACCCGGACGCACACAUACAGUCCAACAAUUUCCCGAGACCAGCUAAACCAAUCAGAAUGAAGCCUUGGAUUUUGACCCACUUCCAGACGUGGCAUUCCGAAGCUGGCAGGAACAGCCAGCACAACCAACGAGACUUGAAAUAAUUGCUGAACCAGGCAUUUUGUGGACAAUCCACUCUUUGUUAUUAGUUAUUUUCCCUGACACAACCAGGUCAUGGUUUGAUAUGGGAAGUCAUUUGGGAUGAUUGAGAAGAGGUUUUGUUUUCUACCAAGUUAGGCAUGCUACCCAGUGGGAUUAUUUCUGUGGGGAAAGAUUUGUUUAAAAUACAAAAGACAUUUUGGUUAAAUAGUUUACGGAGGUGGGUCAAAUGAAUGUCAAUUUUGAUAUGCUGCUGGAUAGUAUGCUGUCAUGAUAAAAUGUAUAACUUACCUGGAGAUGGUUUACUGUGAUAGCCUUGCUGAUUCGUUCCUGAUAUUAAUAAUUGCCCAUACAGAUACAUUAAGAAGGUACUGUAGUAAUUUAAUAUUGGCCGAAAGAAUGUUUAAAUGCCACAAACUGCCAGUUGUUUUCGUGUAACAAAAAUGCCCCAUUGAUGUUGAAUGUUGUAAAUUGUUUCAUUGUGGUUGAUAGGGACAAUAGUGAUAAAAAGGAGUCUUGAAUGUA